AUGCUUAUCCUCCUGCUUUUUCUUCCACUCGUCAAUUGCGUUAAGGAUCAACAUUCAGCACAGGUUGAUAGUGAUUUUGCGCAACUGAUCUUCCCAAGCGAAAUGCCAAGAGAAGUGUACUCGGGAAGUGUAAAAGUGGAGCAAGGAUCACGCGAUAAACCCUGCCAAAUAAAUAGCUCAUGUUGGCAAUUACUGAAUGAACCGGAACUGCCAACAAAUAUUGGAAAGAAAUACGUGUUUGAGGCCUUAACCAAGGAGACUAUGUAUGUUUUGUACGACGAACCCGUACAGAAUACAACAGUCGGUGGAGGUAUAGAUAUAUCAGAUGUUGCGGUAGACAUCAACAGAUACUGGCUGACGGUCCCCUAUGAGUCCGCCAAAUAUAGAGGGAAGAACCCCAUUCUACUUACGGGACACAUGGUCAAUGACAUCUUACGGGCCGCACGCUUUCAUGAAGAACUUAACGCUAAUAAGUUUCCAGGACACAUCUACUUCCCCUCCACCUCCUCUAUCUACCUUGAAUCCACCUUCCCCCUCUACCUCCAAUCCAUCUUCCCCAUCUAG